GUGGAGGAGUUGCCCAAGGGGCACAGGGACGCUUUUGGAAUAGGUCCUGCGCUGGGGAUUCGGCACAUCUGGGUCGAAUCGCUCUGCAUCAAACAAAACGACGAGACCGACUGUCUCGAGCAAUCACCCAGUAUGGCAUCGAUAUACAGCAAUGAACGUUGCAGCAUCGCAGCGACAAUGGGCAUCAGAUGGGACCCAGGGUUUUUCAGCGAGAGAGAC